UGUAUUCUAGCCAUUCGAAUCUUUUUUUCCUUAGCGUAGUUUUUCUGGAAAGCCUUAACGAUCAUUUGUGUUUUGGAUAGAUUAUGGCGCGCGGUAAUUCUGACACUCUUUUGCUGCUUCAGCAAAGCGCUGUAGCUCGUCCGGAGGUGGCAGUGCAAGAUGCACAUAAGAGAAAAAAAAUUAGACGGGAUGUUUUAGAUAUUGACAAAAUAGUAGCCAACAGGUGUCCAGCAUACAUAUGUAACUCAAUACUUUAGGACGCGCAUCUCGGCGGACAAAGUGAGAAAUCUGAGGGUGACACAACAGAGUAGCGCUACAAAUGAAUGUUUCCAGUAGAUGUACAUUAGGACAUUAGAGACUCAACUUCAAACACUUCAAAUACAAUUUUGACUGCUGAAAAUAACAAAAUACUUUUUUGUUAAUAUUGUACCUUUUUGAGCGAAAACAAGUAGUUAUACUCGCUUUGAGACCAGUAUAGAAUUGCACAUUUAAUUCAAACCUAUUUGCAAAGCACUUUCAACACAAAUAAUUCCACAACAAUUUUGAUUUAAUUCCAAAUGAUUUGAAUAAUUCACAGUUCUUACAGAAAACAAAGCAGGAAAGACAAAAAACAGUAUAUAAAUAAUAGAAAAGUGGUAUCAAAAUACAUGGUAUUAUUUCUGUGGUAAGCAUAACCUAAUAAACAAAUGCGUUUAAAUGAAACGUUCUAAAUUAAAGAGAUAGUUAACGUUAAUAAUUAUAAUUAUAUGACCACCAUGCCAGUAAACUUGAGAGGGGUGGGCUUUUAUUGCAUAGUUCUAACAGUGUUGUCUAAUAGUGUUGUUAAUGUUCAUUGUUUUUUUACAGCUUUUCCUUUGCUCAUGUUUGGCGGAAGUAGGAAACUUUCUGGAAGACUCUUUAAAUUCAGCUGCCUCAACCUUAGCUGUAACAUCUUUAAAACCAACAGGUUUUAUCGCAGUGUAAAGCUUCCUUUUUCACAUCAUUGCUCCUUCCCACUUUCUUCUCGUUCCUUUCUUGCAUCUCCUUUAGAACCGUGUUCUUUCCCGUUUUCCGAACACUCUGUUCGAUCACAUUUUUCUGUGCUCAGGUCAGAUAAAGUUAUUCGAUACUUUUCUUAUUUUACCCAUCCUGCUGGAGAAAUGGAUUUAAAGGCCGUGCUGGAUGUUCUAGAGGAGCUUGCUCCACUGUCAUUGGCUGAAUCGUGGGAUAAUGUUGGCCUGUUGGUGGAGCCCAGCAAACCACGUCCAAUCAAAACAAUCAUGCUGACUAAUGACCUAACAAUGGCUGUCAUGGAUGAAGCUGUGACGAUGAAUUGCGAUCUGAUUAUCUCAUACCACCCACCACUUUUUCGACCUUUCAAGCGCUUGGUUCAGAAGGACUGGAAGCAGCAAUUGGCUGUCAGAGCACUAGAGGGAGGCAUUGCCAUUUUCUCUCCACACACCUCAUGGGAUAGCGUAAUAGGUGGCGUUAAUGAUUGGCUAGUUGGAGGAAUGGGAAGUGGGCAAACAUCCGUAUUAAGUCAAGCUUACACUAGCACCCAACAAAAACACAGACUUGAAUUCUCAAUCUUGAAUGAGGGAGAACUCGAUGGCCUUUUAGAGCAGAUCAAAUGUAUAGAGGGCAAUGAAAGCUUUCAGUUGUCUACAGUAAAAAAUGAGGUUGGAGGGCAGCAGGUGGUCCUAACCUGUGCAAGUUCAGCGCUAACUGGUGUUGCGCAGACUUUGCUUUCAAAUCUACAUGCCAGCAAAUCUCUAAACAUUACACAAGUCCAACAGCCUCCAUUGAUAGGCUGUGGUCAAGGACGACUUCGUGUUCUGGAUGAGCCAGUGUCUGUUGCUGCAGCGGUUCAGAAAAUGAAGACUCACCUUGGUUUACCCCACUUGAGACUGGCUCUGGGGAACCAGAAAACAUUAGACUCUCUGGUGAAGACAGUCGCGGUAUGUGCAGGGUCUGGAGCUUCCGUCGUACAGUGUGUGAAGGCAGACCUUUGCAUCACAGGUGAGAUGUCCCAUCAUGAGGUUCUAGAUGCUGUUGCCAAAGGCACAAGUGUGAUUCUCAGUGACCAUAGCAACAGUGAAAGAGGCUACCUGGUUGUGUUUAAAGAGAAACUGGCUGCAAAACUCAGUCAUGCAGUUAAUAUAGUGGUCUCUGAAAGAGACAGAGAUCCGCUACAGGUAGUGUAAUGUCAUUCAAUAACACAGCCAUUUGGAGUUCAACAUAUGGGACUAUGUAUCUGGAAAUCACGAAUGAUAUUGCCCCUUUUUUGUAUACCUUAAUGAUGUAAAAGGAGAUGUAACAUUGUUUAGCAAACAAUUGCUUUAAAAGUGCUCCCUGCUGUUACAUUUGUAGAAGUAUUGUAAAUGUAAAUAA